ACCAAACAUGGCGGACUUUCCUGCCCGCCCCCUUUGUUUUCUAGGUAGCGAAACUCCCGAGUCUCAGACGCUAAGAAGCCUGGGAGAUGGCAGUUUCCACCAAACUCCGCGGCCUGCUAAUGCGGCAGCUGAGAGCUCCCAGUCAUCUGAACUUCAUUAACUUUCGCACCCUGAGCCCCUCUGCACAAGAGGCGUCCAGAGUUGUCACCCAGGAAUUCUCAGAUCACAACUAUGAGUCUCUUCAAGUGACCUCUACCCAGAAACAUGUUCUCCAUGUGCAGAUAAACCGGCCAGACAAGAGGAAUGCCAUGAACAAAGCCUUCUGGAGGGAAAUGGUGGAAUGCUUUGGAAAGAUAGCAAAAGACCCCGACUGUCGGGCUGUUGUGAUUUCCGGUGCAGGAAAAAUGUUCACUUCAGGUAUCGACCUCAUGGACAUGGCCUCAGACCUCCUGCAGCCUCAAGGAGAUGAUGUGGCUCGCAUCAGCUGGUACCUCCGUGAUUUCAUCAGUCAAUACCAGAAGACCUUCAGUGUCCUUGAGAAGUGCCCCAAGCCCGUGAUUGCUGCCAUUCAUGGGGGCUGCAUUGGCGGAGGUGUGGACCUCAUCUCUGCCUGUGACAUCCGAUACUGUGCUCAGGAUGCUUUCUUCCAGAUCAAGGAGGUGGAUGUGGGCCUGGCUGCUGAUGUGGGAACCCUGCAGCGACUGCCCAAGGUCAUCGGGAACCAGAGCUUGGUCAACGAGCUGGCGUUCACUGCCCGCAAGAUGAUGGCUGACGAGGCCCUGGAGAGUGGGCUGGUCAGCCGCGUGUUCCCAGACAAGGACGUCAUGCUGGACGCCGCCUUUGCCCUGGCAGGGGAGAUUUCCAGCAAGAGCCCCGUGGCAGUGCAAGGAACAAAAAUAAACCUAGUCUACUCCCGAGACCAUUCUGUGGAUGACAGCCUCGACUACAUAGCCACCUGGAACAUGAGCAUGCUGCAGACCCAGGACAUCAUCAAGUCGGUCCAGGCGGCCAUGGAGAAGAAGGACUUGAAAAGUGUCACAUUCUCCAAGCUCUGAGAGCCUUCAGGUCCAAGGAGCCUUUCCUGAUGCCCACGCUUUGUUCUGUCCUUCCACAGUCUCCCAGUAUAAUUUGGGACUCUGUUCUACAUGCAGCCUUGCUGUCUUAUCUUCACUGUGGACAAUAAAGUCCUGAAAACAA